UGCUCAUAUGUUUAAAUAAACAUGGAAAUUGAGGAAAACUUAGGAGUUAUAUGCGGAGACUCUAGUUUGUUAUCUGUCCCAUCCAAUGAUAUUGCAACUGAACCAUAUUUACAACAAGCAUCUCAAAUAACCGAUCCAAAUAAAUUAGAAUCUUUAAUUAGCCAAAUAACAGCUACUCCGAAUAUAUAUGUUUUUUCUGAAUUUUUAGAUAUAGAAACCAUAAAAUCCCUCGAAAAAACUUCAUCCUAUUACAAACUUUUGGAAUUGUUUGCCUUUGGAACUAUCAAAGAUUAUUAUGAUCAAAAAGUCACAAAAAAUUUACCUGAAUUAAAUCCACCUCAGAUUAAAAAACUUAAAUAUUUAACUGUUAUAUCCUUAGCUUAUUCUCAUAAAAAUAUUCCAUAUAAAAUUAUCCAAGAUGAAUUAAAUAUUUCUUCAAUUAGAGAAUUGGAAGAUUUAUUAAUUGAAAUUAUAUAUACUGGUUUAAUUGUUGGAAAAAUAGAUCAAAAAUCUCAACAAUUAUGUAUUGAAUAUGCCAUAAGUAGGGAUAUCAAACAAAAUGAAAUUCCUAUUCUCAUACAUAAUUUACAAAAAUGGUAUGAAAAUAAUGAAACCUUAUUACAUUCGAUAGAAAGUGAGAUGCAGAAUGCUAAUUCAAAAAAGAAAGAAGCUAUUCUAAAUUUAGAAUUAAUCAACCGAAAAAUCCAGUCCCAAACUAAGCUAGUUAAAGCCAACAUUGCCAGAAGUGUUAAACAACAUAAUCAAAGCACGUCAUCCAAAUCAUCUCACCACUCUCAAGGCUUAACAACUCCCAGAAAGAACCAACACGAUUUUAUGAUUAACAAUCCCCUUGCCAAAGUAAAUUCUACUGGGAUUACCUCCAUUAAUAAUAGUCAUUACAAUGAUGACAACGGGAAUUUAUUGUUCAAUUAUGAACUUAACAACUCCAACAAUGUCAAUCAAAAUUUAACUGCCAGCAAUUCCCUCCCAUUUGGAUCUAAUCAUAGCCCAAGAUCGACAGCUGGAUCCGUUAACUCCUUCACUGAAGAUAACAUGAUAGUAGACCAAAUACCAGAAGAUUUUAUAGAAGAUUUAUAUGAUACUACCAACGAUAACGAAGCCAGUAAUUCUAUGCCCUCCACUUCCACCGAUUACAUUAGCAACUUGAUCUCUUUCAACCCAAUCAAGGAUUCCUUGAAUCCUUCCAAAACUAAUCGCCCAACUCUUACCUCAUCCAAUAACAACAGUAAUUCAACGAUAACCUCAUCUAACGGCUCUUCCAAUAUCGUAAACGAGAACGGAAAUCUCGGUCCUUUAUCUACCACCAUUCAAAAUUCAGCUGUUAACGCGCCUUCGAAUAGUAACAAGAAGCAAAACAAGUCGAAAACUACUGGAAUUAGAGGAAGUGCCGCAAAACUGUUCCACAAGUAGUGAAAGGGGAAGAAAAUAAACGAAUUCAAAACAUUUCAACUCACAUGCUUUCUUAUUAUUUUGUUAUUGUGGAGUGGGAAAAUUAAUUUGAUUUACUGAUGAAUAAAUAAAAUUUGAUUUU